GAGACGUUCCCACCGGGCAGGUUUGCAAUGGCAACCGCUGUGAGUGCUUACGGCAAAAACAGCCUCACCUAAGCUGCCGCAGAACCAUGGACUAUAUUGGCCGACUUGCAUGCGUACUAUCAAAAGCCCACGAUGCCGCCUGGUAGGCCGCUGCUGAUGCUUCUGCUCGUAGCCCUUUGCUUCCCGGCCGAGAGCGAAAGCGGCAGGAGGUCGCCGCCGCCGCCUCCGGGCGCCGCGAGCGAUGACGGCGACGCGCCGGCUCGAGGGCGCGCCACGCCGCCGCCGCACGGCCUCCUCACGCGGCACGUCGAGGGCCAACUGCUCGGCAUGUUCGGUCUGCAGAGGCGGCCGCGCCCGGGACCCGGCGCCGUGGUGCCACCGUACAUGCUGCAGCUGUACCGGGCCCUGCACGGGGCCCACAGCGGGGCCCCCCGCGACGUGGCACGGCCCCUGGACCGUUUGGUGGCGCGGCCCGCGAGCCAGGCGGACACCGUGCGCAGCUUCCACCACGACGAGUCCGCGGAGCACGUGCCAGCCGACUCGGGCGAUAGCACGGCACGGCGGCUGCUGUUCAACGUAAGCAGCAUCCCCGACGGCGAGGUGAUCACCUCGGCGGAGCUGCACGUCUACCGCGAGCGCCUGAGUGGCCCCGCGCGCGCCGCCCUCCACCGCAUCAACGUGUACGAGGUGCUGCGGCCCGCGGCCGCCGACGGGACGCCCAUCGCCCGCCUCCUGGACACGCGGGUGGUGCACUCGGGCCGCAGCGAGUGGGAGCGCUUUGACGUGAGCCCCGCCGCCGUGCGCUGGGCCGCCGCGAGAGCGCCCAACCACGGCCUGCUCGUCGAGGUGCAUCACCUCGACGGCGGCACGCCCGAGAAGAGGCGGCACGUGCGCAUCGGCAGGUCGCUGCACGCCGAGGCGGUGGCGGCGGCCGCCCGGGACGGCGCGGGCGAAGGGGGCGACGGAGGGGAGGGCUGGCCGCAGCUCAGGCCUCUGCUGGUGACGUUCGGCCACGACGGGAAAACGAGGGACGAGGGGACGCUGCUGAGGCCGCGCCCCAAGCGCAACUCGCGGCCCAACAAGGGAGGCCGCAGGGGUCGCGGGCAGUGCGCCCGCUACCCUCUGUACGUGGACUUCAGCGACGUGGGCUGGAACGACUGGAUCGUCGCGCCGCCGGGAUACAACGCCUUUUUCUGCCAGGGCGAGUGCCACUUCCCGCUGCCGCAGCACCUCAACUCCACGAACCACGCGAUCGUGCAGACGCUCGUCAACUCGGUGAACCCGGAGGUGCCGCGCGCGUGCUGCAUCCCCACGGAGCUCACGCCGAUCGCGCUGCUCUACCUGGACGAGUACGAGAAGGUGGUGCUCAAGAACUACCAGGACAUGGUGGUGGAGGGCUGCGGGUGCCGCUAGCGUGUGCCACGCCGACUCUACAAGCGGCCGUCGUCGCCGGUGGAAGAACUUUCUUCUCUGUUCAAGUGCCUUUGCCCUCCGCGCCAGCCGUGGGGCUUUUACGGACGGUGUGUGUGUGUGUGCACACAAUCGCCGGUUCGGGAGCGGGAAACUGGUGUCAAUAGGUGCCGACCGCACCGGUUAGCUCCGGCCCGGAGCAGACAGGGUGUGGUACGUGCCGACCUGUCCACGUGUGGCGCGCGUACGCACGCACGAAGCGCGCGUACGCACGCACGAAGCGCGAGGUUUACGUACGGAUGCGUGUACGACAUCCACAUACAAUAAAAAAUUGCACAUAUAUAAAUAUGAUAAUAUAUAGACCUUAAGAGCUGUUUCAUCACAAAGUGGCAGUGUUUCCCUGUCUGCGGUAGCACCGCGUACGAAAAGCACAAAAGGGUAUUCUCCCAUGCAUAUCGGUGCUUGAAAGAAUCCUAAAAAGCAACUACGAUACCACGAAUUGUAGCUGCAUGUCUCUAUAAAAUGUCAACAGGAAAAGCCAUUCAAUUGGCAAUAACUUCUCAUCUGUGGCCUUGUUCCAAGGUGGACUGUACUAAUUUCUCAUAAACAGUGUCGGAUCAUGGAAAGCAAAUAUAUAUAUAGAAUAUAUGUUAUUGUCUGUGUCUACUGUUGAAAGCCGAAAGACAAAUAUGUUGAUAGUGAACGUAUCAGCGGAUUUGUUAUUAAACCUGUACAGCUAAUGUAAAAAAGAGAGAGAGAGCUGAGUUGUAAAUAGCUAAAUUGUUAUACAAUAACUUUGAAUAUUUAUUAUUGUUAUAAUCGAUGCUUAGAAAAUAGACGUUUGUAUUUAUAGUACAUGUUUAAAGAGGAAACGAAAAACGCGGCCUGAACACGUGAUGUAUGCCCGUAAGCUAUGGUUUAGUCCUACUGUAUUUAAGUAAUCUAUAUAUGAAAAAGGUAUUCAAAACUCUUCUGGACGGCGUAAAUGUUUGUGUAAAUAGCGCGUGGAGGGGCCACCGCGACAGGCUGACUAAUGUGCCGCUUCCUUCGUGAUCCCUGCUUCUUUGCCCUUAAUUUAUAUGAUGUAAGCACCAGCAAGUGGCUUGCUGCGAUUGCACGGAGUACUUACAGUGUGCGGUGUUUCCAUUCUUCUGAACGUCAUUUGACAUUUCCAAGGACCGAGAACAAUACAGUUUGAUUAGAAAACAAA